GUCCUAAUGGCGACGGCUGAAACCGAAGACGCAGCCGAUUGCAGCGCGGAACCGAUGGCCUCGAUUUCAAAAGAGCAACUCAGAGAUGGCAUAGAAUUCAGUGAGGACGCCGUUGUGGUCGCUCUUAUGGGAGGAACCGGAGCCGGGAAAAGCACCUUCAUCUCCUUGCUUACAGGUGAGGAUGUUGGCAUCGGACACAAUUUACAAUCAUGCACUACUGACGUUGGCGUUUACAACUUCAACUACAAGGACCGCCACACAGUCUAUCUUCUUGAUACGCCUGGCUUCGAUGACACAAACCGUCCUGACUCUGAAAUACUGCAAGAAAUCGCCUUCUAUCUGGCUGCCAUGUACUCCCGGAAGAUACAAUUCGCCGGGAUCAUCUAUCUUCACCGCAUUACAGACACGCGAGUCUCGGGAUCCAGUCUCAAGAAUAUUCGCAUAUUGCAAAAUCUCUGCGGCGCGGACGCUUUCGACCGUGUUGUACUUGCUACUACUAUGUGGUCUAGUCUGGACUCCAUGGAAGGCGGGCAUGAGAUUGGCCUCCAACGCUGCGAGGAACUUAGAUAUCCUGAGUUUUGGGGUGAAAUGAUCCAGAAGAAUAGUAUCAUGAAGGAACAUGAUGGCUCAGCGGCUUCAGCACUUUCCAUCAUCUCUGAACUUGUCGACAGGGACGGCGGCGCUGUCUUGAAUAUACAAAAACAGAUGGUGGACCAAAACCUUUCUCUGGAUGGAACAGACGCGGGUCGCUACUUGCAAAAGGACUUGCUCGAGGCCCGCGAGAGGCAUGAGAAAGAAAUCGCAGAGCUCAAGAAAAACAUACAGCAGGCUAUAGCCGAGCAAGAUACAGAGGCUGUCAACAUGUUCAAGCAAGAGAAAGAAGCAGCAGACUCCAAAGUAGAAAGGCUCCGGAACAACAGCAAUCAGCUCAAGCUUUCUCUGAGCCAAAUCGCCACUCGCGAGCAGACAAAGUUCCUCUCAAGGGUCUCUAAUCUUGAAGAUACAUUGGCAGCCACUACAGACCCAGCGGUUGAACAACGCCUGAAGGAUUUACAAGGACAGCUUCUACAGGCAGAGAAGGAAAUGCUCGACUACAAAGCCAAGCACGAGCAGGAAAUUAGUCUCCAGCGAAUGGUUAAUGAGCAAGCUAUAGCCAAUGCACAAAACAUCGCGAAACUGCAAGAGAUGCACAUUGCUUCCCUUGAAGAUCAGUACAAGGCAAUCAAGGAGCAGUAUGCACGGGAAUCUAACAGGAAAAGACAGCGGAAGAGUCUGGUGAAUAUGCUAAUGUUUGACAAGAUUCUGAUGUUGUUUAAUCCUUUUGGCGGACUGGAAGAUGGCUAUCAUAGACGUGGCCGCCAUUUUAGAUAGACGGUCUCUCAGGUAACACUAGAAUACUUGGAUACCUAGUUCUGUCAUUAUUCUCUUCAUUUCUUCCAUAAGAGCUACAAAGCCAAAUAAUGCUUAGCUCAUGGUAC